UGAAGCAUAAUAUAAAAUGUCUUCCUCUGAAGUCGAAAACAAGAAAAGCGGAGGAAUUACUUUGACUUUUUCGAAAUUUAGUUCCACAAAGAAGCUACAAAAAUCUUCGAUUGCUGAAGUUAAAGAUGCUUUUAACGAUGAAGUUGAUUUUGUAUCAGGAUUUGAAGAUAAGAAAGUCCAAGGCUCCAAGAUAAAUGACGAACCAAAAGAAUAUGUUAUACCAUGUAUCAAAAAAAACGUUUGGCAGAAGACCAACCAAGACAAGAAACCAGCCAACAAUAAAGGAGAAAACCCUUCAAAUUCUUUGGAAGAUUUGGCAGCCAAAGAAAUUAUUGCAGAUGCCAACAGACAGAAUGAAGAAUGGAAUGAGAGAGGAGUUGAAGAUACAGGAAUUGCCAUUCCAUUGCUUCUUCAGAAUCAGAUUCCUUCAGGUUAUGAGACAGAUGAUAGACUUGAUGUCUCUUUAAGACCAAAUGAGCCUGAAGACAUUGAAUAUGAUUCAGUCCCCAUUGAACAUUUUGGUAAAGCUAUACUCCGUGGUAUGGGCUGGAAAGAUGGAGAAGGCAUUGGAAAAAAUAAGAAGUUGGUGAACCCUACAGAUGUUGUUAUUCGUCCAAAAGGAAUGGGUCUCGGUGCUGACAAGAGUGCCGUGAAACAACUAAACCUCAAUAAAGGCAGCCAUCAAAAGAAAGACAGUGAUGACAGCCCCUUGGUCUUAAAGACGGGUUCACACUGUGUGGUUGAGAAAGGGUCUUCAAAAGGUCUUUAUGGAACUGUUGUAGGAGUUGAUGAAGACAAUGCACGAGUACUGGUAAAACUAUCCAUCAACAGCAACACCAUCACAGUCAGCCAGUACACCAUACGGCUGGUACACAAGAAGGAGUACGACAAAUACCACAAAUACCUGAAUAAAGUGAAAGUUGAUGAAUAUAAGUUAGAAGAAGAAAAGAAGAAAGAGAAAGAACUUGAAAUGUCGAAGAAAGAAAACAGCUCAAGAAGUGGGGAAAAACGUGCGCACGCCUCCUAUGAUAAUGGCAACUCUCACAGACACAAAAAACAUAAAUCGGAUCAUCAAAGGAGCACCAAUGGUAACAGUUCUAUUUGGCUGCGACCCCAAAUCAGAGUCAGAAUCAUUGACAAAUCAUACAAAAAGGGGAAAUACUACAAAAGCAAGGUAGUUGUUGAAGACAUCCUCUCAAAGGAGAACUGUAUUUGUAAAACUGACGAAGGGAGAUUACUGGAAGAAAUUAGCCAGCGGAUGUUGGAAACUGUCAUUCCAAAGGACAGUCCAGGUUUUGUGAUGAUUCUCAGUGGCAAAUAUAAAGGACAGGUUGGUGAAGUGUUGAAGAAAGACAAAUCUAAAUGUGAGGCCACUCUCCAGUUGGUCGGGGAACAAGACACCAUAAUGAAGAUGGGCUACGAUAGCAUCAGUGAAUAUGUCGGCAAUGUCUCUGAACACUAUUAAUGUCUAUAAGAUGAUUGUUGGCGUCAGAGAAAGGAAGAAUGGAGAAAGAUUAGCUCCCUCGACACAGACUACACAUGAGGAAGACAGAAUGCCACAUGUUCUACAUGUCUGAUGUUUGUUGCUGUGGUAGACAUCUCUAAGAGCAGCUGAUUGAACUGACAACACCACAUAAAGACAGCAUGCGACAUCUUCUAUACUUAUCUUUACUCUAUCUCCCUCUCCUUCUCAGAAUUUCUCUCUGUCGUCCUCCCUCCUUCUGUCUAUCUAUCUUUUAUCAAGUGUCUUUGGGAUCCUUGUUCUACCUAGACAUCGAUUAGUUAGGCCUAUCAACCAUGUACUGUCAUACAGGACUCUGAUUCUACGUAGGUAUCGAUUAGUUAGGCCUAUCUCCCAAUUAUGUACUAUCAUAGUGGAUUUUUGAAAUUUCUAUUUAAUGAUCUGAGCAGUCACUGUACCAUGUAUCAUAUUUCAUUACAAUAAUGGAGUGGAUUACCCAAGUAGAAAGACGAUCAGUGUAUAAGUAGAAGUCGUUCAUUCAUUGAUAUGAAAUUCACAUUUGAGAUUUGGGGGAAUGAAAUUAUUUAUAGCAAUAUUACUGUUGUGAAUUAGGGCAGCAAAGUGGCAAAAUGCUUAGCAGCUUUUUGUCCAUCUUUGCAUUCUGAGUUCAAAUUCCGCCUAGGUCGACUUUGCCUUUCAUCCUUUUGGGGUUGAUAAAAUAAGUACCACUUGAGCACUGGGGUUGAUGUAAUCAACUUACUCCUCCCUACCGAACUUGUUGGCCUUGUGCCAAAAUUUGAAAUCAAUAUUACUGCUGUGGGUUGACUUUCAUUAUAGUUUACCUAAAUGGAAAAUUAUAGACAGUCUCUUCUGGCCUCUAGUACCGUAUUUUGUGGUCUAUAAAACGCAUAGGUAUUUAAGCUGCAGGGCCGAAUUUGGGGGGAAAUUUCGGUUUUAUGCACACAUAAAGCACACUGGUGUUUAAAAGGCCCAUAGAGCUACAGGUCUGCAGCUAGCUUUUUUUGUUGUUGACAUGUAUGUAGUUUCAAAAUGCCUUAUUUUACAACUAUGAGAUGUUAUUGUUAUGAUUUUAUCUUACUAUAAUCAACAGCAAACACAUUUCAUUAAUAUUAAAGUCUUUUUUAGAUUAAAAAUAACAUUAUCAAAACAUGAAGGUAAAACAAAACAAAUAUGCUUUGUUUUCUUCUGGGCAUCAAUGUACUGUAGCCGUAGUCUUUCACAUUGUUCACCAACCAACCUUUCCUCUGAAAAAAAAAUCAGUGGAAUCAUUUGGCCUCCAUACACAAAUUAUAUUCCUCCUGAAACUUAUAAAAAAUGCAUACAUUAGGUGCACCUUCCUGUAAGCCACACACUUAAUUUCCCAAGUAAAAAAUAGCAGCUUAUACACCGGAAAAUACGGUAAUCUCUACAGAUGAAGCAUUGAUAGGAUUUCCAGAAAAGAAGCCAGGGAAGUGGAUCUCUUUUUAUAUGCACAUCUCCCAUAGGAGUUUUUGUAUGCAACAUUGCAACAAAGCACACUCGUUAUAUACACAGUGCUCCUGCUGUUGAUACUUAUCCAGCUAUAUCCAUGCUUGGUACAUACUUGUUCCUAAGUGUGAUGAGUGUGUGGGCCAUGGAUGCAGUACAAUGCUGGUGAAAGGAUUUGAACUGCUGACCAUUUUGGUUUGUAUUUGCAUUGACUUGGCUAGGUGUGAUUUCACAGAGGAAGUUGAUGGGGGGGGGCAUUGAUGGGUGAUUAGGGCUUUAGGGUUAUGAUGCAGGAGUGUGGGGCAGGUGAAGGUAAUUGAAGGAUGGGGUCAGACUAUCGGUAAUUAUGCGAAGUGUGGGGCAGGGUAAAGAUAAUUAAGGAGACAAGAAAAGGCAGGAUUAAAGAGAGACAGAAUAAUUAAGGUGACAAUCAGAUGUUUUUAAGUAGAUAGUUCAACUGCUGUGUAAUCAAAAUGCAUUUAAUAAUCUUUUCUUCUAUUCGAAAUUUUGUCGGGAGGGACUAAUUGAUUAUUGAUGCUGAACUGGUAUUUAUUUCAUCAUGACCGCAUGACCGCAGCCACUUGGCUGAAACACAUAAAUAAAUAAAUAAACCCCAAAAGGCGGGAAAAGCAAAUUUGAACUCUGAAUGUAAAUCUGGAAGAAAUUCUUAUUUCUUUAUUGCCCACACGGGGCUAAACAUAGAGGGGACAAACAAGGACAGACAAAGGGAUUAAGUCGAUUAUAUCGACACCAGUGUGUAACUGGUACUUAAUUUAUCGACCCCGAAAGGAUGAAAGGCAAAGUCGACCUCGGCGGAAUUUGAACUCAGAACGUAACGGCAGACGAAAUACCGCUAAGCAUUUCGCCCGGCGUGCUAACGUUUCUGCCAGUUCGCCGCCUUUAAUCUUGAAGAAAUUCUGCUAAACAUUUUGUUUGACAAACCAAUGAUUCUGCCACCUCACUACUUUUCAGAUGUCUUUAAUAUCAAUUCCAUACUGUUACCAGCUCUUUACAUUCUGAGUUCAAAUUCUGCCAGGAUCAACUUUACCUUUCAUCCUUUCAGGAUUGAUAAAAUAAGUACCAGUCAAGCACUGGGGUGGGUCAGUAUAUAUCAACUAACUCGCUCCCCUUAAUAUUGCUGGUCAUUCAGUUUGUAUAUAUUUCUCUUUAUUGCAUUUCGUCAUCUGGUCAUUCACAAUUAGUAGUUGGAUUGGUCAACCUACAACGCCACAUCGUUCAACUGGUCAGUUUGAACAGGAUUCUCUGCAGUUUGAUUGAUCAAUUGACACUGUUACAUUAUCGAACUGGUCAUCUGCAGCAAAGUUCUCUGUAGCUGGACUGCUCGAGCCACACCACAUUACCCCAUUGGUUACUCAUUACUGCAUUCAGUGUGACUGGUCACAACUAGAGCAAAUACCAUUUUACUGGUGAUUUCAUUUUACAUAGUACAACCGGUUAUUCAUUGUACAAAACAUGCUGGUCAUUCAUUGUGUACAGAUUCUGCUGGUCAUCCAAUAUAUUGUACCAAUUAUACCUACCAUUCUUUGUAUUGUACAGAUAUGCAUGUUAUUGUUGUUGUUGUUUAGUUGUCUGUCUGAUCAGACAUACAUAUGAUUAAAGUAUCCAAGCCAUGAUUAUUCACCCAUUUUUUUUCAGAUAUGGUGUAUCUAGGACUACAUCAUCUGAUGUGUCCUUCCUUUAUUUUAAACAGUACUGUGUGAUGGGAGGGAGAUUUUACAGCUCCCUCUGGUCACUGAUCAUUCAGACCAUAUUGGUCUCUCCAAACCCUUGCAAUGACUGACCGUAUGAAAUAAAAUCCACACUGUUUUAUAUUGUACUCAAACAAUUUAUUCCAUUCUGUAUAUAAAGUUUAUUUUAAGUUCUCA